CUAUCGGCGAACUCUGGUUUCGCUCUCUUCAGCAGCUCCGUGGAGGAAGCAGAUGAUGGUAAGUCAGCCGGUGCAUCGUGAUCUAUCACAUACAGUCUGAGAAGCAGGACGCCGAACAACCCCCACUGCAAAUUGCAACUUGGAUAUGUAUUUUAUUCCAUUCAGCUUUCUUUUCCGAAAGGUAUUCUGUGAGAGAGAGAGAGAGAGAGAGAGAGAGAGAGAUAACAACAUGCAGGUUGUCCGCGGCUGGUUCUCGCCUUCAUGCACACCUUGCGCCCUCGCGUGUCAGUUGUCACGUUCUCGUUGCAUGCCAACAGAGUUAAAGCAGCACUCAGGGAAUGGAAGCACAGACAAGAGUUCAUGUUCCACUGGUAGCCGCUGUAACAUCAUGCACUCCCCUGCCUUUCCCUCCUCCUCCUCUCGUCCUCUAUCUGCUCUCUUUGUAUUCCGAAGCAUCCUCAACCAAGAGCUAAUCAGAAGCCUGCAUGGGUACCAAGUCUCGGAAGAGGAGGAGGAGUGGGUGGAGAGGGAGUUCCUUUUCUCCCCUUCCUCCUGCAUCGAAAUGCGUGAUCCCAUCCCUGGGCCCAUCAUGGUGGCGUCGACGGCAGGUGAUGGUGGUAAUGGAUUCCGGUACAGGUUCAAGGAGGAGCAGAGUGUGGGGCUCUGGCGCUGUAUACUUGCAUUUGACUCUACCGUGGCCUUCUCCGCUUCUUCUUCUCCGAUUCCUCCACUCCUCUGUCUUUCCAGAAAUCCCAGGUUGAAGAAUAUACCUAAUUUGUUAGGUGAUCUCCAGGAGGCAUUCCAGUUGAGGUGUGAAAUGGAAACUAAAAAUACCAUCAGUUUGGCUUCAAAGGGGAUUCAGGUAUGUGAAGGAAAAGAGCCCCAUGAUACAGCAGAAUAUGCAGAUACUGGUUAUGAAGAUGGGUCCUCAGAUUCAUGUUCCACUAUCAGACAUGUAAAGUUGAGGAAUCAGAAAAAUCACAGAACCUUACAAGAACUUGCAAUCUCCAUGAAGAAGAAGAAGAGGGCUGCAACAGAGCAUGUAGCUAAUAUUGCUUUAACCGACCUUGUUAAAUACUUCGAUCUUCCAAUUACUGAAGCUUCGAAAUAUCUGAGGGUUGGACUUACUGUUCUGAAGAGAAAAUGUAGAGAAUUUGGCAUUCCUCGUUGGCCACAUCGGAAAAUCAAGUCUCUCGACAAUCUGAUACAAAAUCUCCAGGAGGAGGUUCAUCGACAGGAGAAGGAGAACAAAUCAGCUGCCAUGAAAGCAGUCAUUAAGAGGCAAAGAAUGCUGGAAGGUGAAAAGGAGUGCAUAGAGAAGAAUCCUUUCAUGGAGUUGCAGAUAGAAACCAAGAGGUUCAGGCAAGAUGUCUUCAAGAGAAGACACAGGGCAAAAGCUCUUGUUAGCAAGCAAGAUUUCAGCACAUCUCCAAUGAAGGCAUGCACUUGAUCCUGGAUUUCUUCUCUCAUCCUCAGGGUAUGGCUCUUAAAGGAUGCAGUAUCCUCACUUUUUGGUUGUGUUAUUAAUGGCAACAUAGAACAGUGAUGAUGAUUUAUUUGUUGUAGUAUCAUGUCACUGCGUAUGGUUAUGCUGAUGGUUAGUAACAUUUGUGCAAUUCUGAGUGACUCCUAAAGGUUCCAUCAAAACUUACAAACCA